UCCCCAGGCAAACGCGAUGGCACUCAGCACGACAACCGACGCAUCGGUGGAUGUGAUUGCACAAAAGCGGCUCGAGUGUCUGGAGACGCUGAACCAAACCAUCGACACGACGGUCUCGGGACUAUUCUGCCCGGGCACGUGGGACGGGUGGCUGUGUUGGCCGGACACGGCGGCUGGAACCUCGGCGUACGCGCUCUGCCCCGAGUUCAUCUCCGGCUUCGAUCCGCGGAGAUUCGCUCACAAACUGUGCGAGGAUAACGGUGAGUGGUUCCGACAUCCGCAAACGAACAAAAGUUGGUCCAACUACACGACCUGCAUCAACCUGGACGACUUCGAGUGGCGGAAGCAGGUCAACCUAAUAUACGAAACCGGAUACUCCAUCUCGCUGAUAGCCAUCCUGCUGUCGCUCGCCAUUUUAAGCUACUUCAGGUCGUUAAAGUGCGCCAGGAUAACGCUCCACAUGAACCUGUUUGCCUCGUUCGCCUGCAACAACUUCCUCUGGCUGCUCUGGUACCGCCUGGUCCUGACCGAGCUGGACGUGCUGAAGCAGAGCGGCCCCGGCUGCAUCACGCUGCACCUGGUGUUGCACUACUUUCUGCUGACCAACUACUCGUGGAUGCUGUGCGAGGGCUUCUACCUGCACACGGUGCUCGUGUCGGCGUUCGUGUCGGAGAAGAAGCUCCUGAAAUGGCUGCUCGCCCUCGGCUGGGGCUCGCCGGCCCUCUUCAUCCUGCUGUACGGCUUCCUGCGGGGCUACGCCAGCCCACCGACCGACACGAUAGAGUGCUGGAUGAAUGAAAGUUCCUUCAACAAGGUGUUCGUGGGCCCGGUCUGCCUGUCGAUGCUGCUGAAUCUCGUGUUCCUGUUCAACAUCAUGCGCGUUCUGCUGCUGAAACUGAAAGCACCGGCCGGUCCGCACGGUGCCGGACCAUCGAGAACGAUUCUGCAAGCAUUUCGGGCCACACUGCUGCUGGUGCCGCUGCUGGGCCUCCAGUACAUGCUGACCCCGUUCCGUCCGGACCAUGGUCACCCGUACGAGCGGACCUACGAAACGAUGCUCGCCUGCACAUCGUCCUUCCAGGGUCUGUUCGUGGCCGUACUGUUCUGCUUCCUAAACGGCGAGGUAAUCGCACAAGUCAAGCGCAAAUGGCGGACGGUGUUCCUGCGGACCCGGGCCAACUCCUACACGGCGACGCAAGUGUCGCCGGUCCGCUUGCAGUUCGUUCGUUGCGGUCCACCGGUGCCGGGCGAGGAGAAGGUUUGA